AUGCACCAGCUGGUGCUGCAUGUGGUCCCCAGUAAAUCUGCUCUGCGCACGGAGCAACAACCCAGAUCAGUCCGACUGGAGAAAAACGCGCGCUCUUUAGUAUUGCUUUUGUUUGUUUGAAUUUCUUGUCCUUCUAGUUUGACAAAUGGCCGGGCGCACUAGAAGAGGCAAUGAAUAACACAACCGGCUUUGCGCUGGUCAGUGCCGGCAACCGGGAGGAGUUGUCGGCGCUCCGAGCUUUAAAAGGCUGCGUCUUGGUGCUGCUUAUCAUUUGGACGCUUUUUGGCAACAUCACGGUUUGCGCAGCAGUUUAUCGCUUCCGGCACCUGCGCGCCAAAGUAACCAACAUCUUCAUCGUGUCCCUGGCUCUGUCGGACCUCCUGGUUGCCGUGCUGGUGAUGCCGUGGAAAGCUGUGGCUGAGGUGGCUGGUUACUGGCCGUUUGGAGGGUUCUGUAAAACCUGGCUGGCAUGCGACAUCAUGUGCUCCACGGCCUCCAUCCUCAACCUGUGCCUCAUUAGUGUGGACCGAUACUGGGCUAUCUCCAGCCCUUUCCUCUAUGAGAGGAGUAUGAACAAGAAGGUGGCCUCUGUUAUGAUAGGUGUGACCUGGGCAGUCUCCCUGGUCAUCUCUUUCGUCCCCGUACAGCUGAACUGGCACCGUGCAGAGAUGGGUGAUCCACAUGGGGAUUUGACGCUUCUUGGUGUUGAUGGGAGCUGUGACUCCAGCCUGAGCCGCACAUACGCCAUCUCAUCGUCCCUCGUAAGUUUCUACAUCCCCGUAGUUAUCAUGAUUGUCACAUACACUCGCAUCUACCGGAUAGCCCAGAUGCAGAUCCAGAUGAUAUCCUCUCUGGAGCGGGCGGCGGAGCACGCGCAGAACUGCCGCUCGGAAGUACCUGAACUUUGUCCUCACCUGUUCACGAAAAUUGGUGCCAACUCACAUCAGUCUCAUAUCAAUCUUCAUCCUGAUUCUCAGCGCUCCAAUCAGUCACACCGGGAGCUUAGAGUCUCCAUCAGAAAAGAGACGAAAGUCCUCAAAACUCUAAGCAUCAUCAUGGGUGUUUUUGUCUGCUGCUGGUUGCCAUUUUUUGUGCUGAACUGCGCUCUGCCCUUCUGUACUGGACCGGAGGACCAGCGGGGCCCAUACUGCGUCAGCGAAAACACCUUUGAUGUCUUUGUGUGGAUCGGCUGGAGCAAUUCGUCCCUCAACCCGGUCAUCUAUGCGUUUAACGCGGACUUCAGAGACGCCUUCCUGCGCUUGUUGCGCUGCCGCGGACCAAGCUGCUGCGCAGCGGUGAGCGCAGCGGUGGAGACAGUGAUGGCGAGCAACGAGGCCGGAAACUUAAAGCAGGAGAGCCCUCUGAGACUGGACGUCUCCUGUGCCAUGAAUACCAGGGGAAGCGAGGACAGCGGGAACACAUCUGUAACUGUGUUUUAUCACAGAGCGACUUCCUUAGAGCAGGUCACGGACACUGAGGAAAGUAACGACAAAGACAGACUUACGCAGAUACCAAUAUAAGGAACAGCAUUUGCAAAGGACCAGGAAAAAUAUGCAAAGAAGGUGGAUAGUGUGCACAUCAGACCCCAGCAGGCCUAUAGUAAAGAGGCAGGAAUUAAGCAUUUAAGCAUAGUGAAUUUACUCCCAGAUCUUUAACGUCAAUCUGUACAAAAGCUGCAGCUGCAUGUAGACAAAGAUGUCCUUAGGAGAUCUGAUGAUGACAAAAUAACAUAAAAACUGUGUUUUCAUGAGCAUAGUACAUCUCUGGGAGUAAUUGUGUUGGAGCUAUAAUCUUUUUAAUGAUGUGUGUGCUACAGUGUAUAGCUCAUUUUUGCUCACAUUAUGCUUACCCAACAAAUACUUUGUAGUCUAGUAGCCUAGGAAUGGAUUGCAGUUUUUGGAAAAAUUCAAUGAGAGGACUACUUUUCUAUUUCCAGUAGCAAGAAAAGUAUUGACAGGUCCAGAUCUGGGUAAAAUGAGGCCUAUCAGCAAGAUUACAUAAAAUAAAAGAGGUGACUGGGGUUUUCUGCAGUUAAAUUGAUUUAAGAAGAAAUUUGGAAGGAAAUAAGUAAUUUCCUUUUUUGACCGUGGCACUUAUUUGGGUCAUUUUCUAAGAAACAGCUAUAGGCCUACAUGCCAGAACAAAACAGAGUGAGACAAUUAGUUCAGUAUUGAAUCAAGUUGGGAGAGGUGUAAUCAUCUCUCCCCUCAUUCAUUUAGUUUUAGAUUAGAAUUGAUGUUGUACAUGGAUGAUAAAACACCUUAAAAUCAAAUGGUGAAGUAAUAUGACAAAUUUCAAAAGUAUUUUCAGAUUAUAUACGUUACCACAAACAAGUCAAAUAUCUCAUUCAUUUUACUGUGAAAACACUGACAUAUUUACCCUUGUAUUGUUGGCUUCCAUUCAAGGCCUUUCCCCAUCAUGAAGAGACAGGACAGGAUUUCUCUGAAUCUCUAAAAAUGGGAUUAUGUAACUAACUCACUUUAGCACCUGUCAGCUGUGCAUCUUGUGUGGAUGCACUGUGCACUCUGUUUCCCCUUCUAUCCCCUGGAAGAAACAAACAUGAAUAAUUUGUAAAGGUUCUUCCUGUGAAAGAUGCCCUGACCAGUGAGAAUGGAGAAUAUAGAAGCUUUUUACAGUGACAACUGUGCUCCAUGAUGAAUUCUCUGCAGAUUAACAUCUGUUCAUUUUUGUUUAAUGAGACACCCUUGUUAGUGUUAAAUAUGAAAGCGGGUGUUACAGCCUCAAGGAGAUACAAACCUUAAUGGAGCCAACAAGAUUUAUGAUCCCAUCCUAAGCAAAUAUUUUGGUGGUUGUGAUUAAAUUACUAUUACAGGAUUACCCCCACAUACACUUUAUUACUGAACGUUAGUUGAGAAUAUUGAUACCACUCUCAUAAAAAGCGGUAUGGAUUAUUUUAUCUAACUGCAAGAAAGAGAAUAAUUGUUUUUCCCAAAAAUGUCAAAGUAUUCCUUUAAAGUACACCACAUGAAUCAAUGAAAUAACUGAUAGAUAGUCUUAAUUCCCAAUUUCAGUGAAAAUGUAUGCAGUUAUCACAUGUAUUGUCUUUAUUAGGCACCAGUGAAAACAUAUCUGUGUUAAUUUGGAUUAUGCAAGAGUGAGAAAACAGAGAUGGUACAGGAUGCUGAAUAACUGUUUGCACAGGGGAAGCGUGUGCAGACUUUUGCUAUUCGCUGUGUAAUGGGCAUGUAACCUACAUAGGACAUCCAUCAGCUGUAGGCUUCUCUAACUAAUGUAAGAAUAGUAACCAUACCAAAGAGGAUUAAUAAAACAUAGGUCAAAUACAUUUUUAAAAA